GUAGUAUCAUAGUGGAGAUCUGACCUAGGUCAUGAUCCUUGUCCUGUCCUGUGGGAGACGCACAAAAGUAAACUUUUGCAAAAGAUGACAUUUGCAAAGUCUAAGGUCAGCUGGGCAGCCUGGGCCCCAGCUGGUUGUUGUAUCUUGCGUGCUGGCGCUUAUCGAUUGUCAAGACAAGUAGCCUCAUCGCGACCAUUGUCAUAUUUGUCUUCCUGCUAAUCGUCUAGGAUAUAUCGCUUCCCCCUUACUUACAUAAAGUCUCUGUAACGACACGUUCCUAACCUAACGUGAUGUCGAUCCGGUGGACAUGUCUAACAUCUCUAUCAAGUAAAGCACGAUCAUCUCACUGUGCUUCGAUCGCGGAUAACGGCACCCUAUUGCUCUAUGCUGGCGAGGUCCAGCCACGCAAGCCUGUGGAUGGCGACGUUUACGCAUUCGAUCUGAACAGCGCCACCCAGCAGUCCGUAGCGGACAAUGCUGGUUUGUGGCGCACUUUGUCCGCAUCAUCGAAGCCAGAAUCCCGGGUGGGCGCGACAACAGUGUUUGAUGGCGGGAACUUGUACAUGUGGGGUGGAAGAGGCGGCGUUGAUCCGGCACCUCUAGACCCCAAGCAAUCAGGCGUAUGGAAGGGACAUAUUUUGCAAAAUGAGGUGGUGUGGGAGAGGCUGGAGGGUAAAGGCGACGAGCCCGCAACGAGAAGCUAUCAUGCUUCUGUCAUGGCUAAUGGAAAGUUGUAUAUCCAUGCGGGGUGUCCUGCCUCUGGUCGCCUUUCUACACUCCACUCUUACGAUCUCCAGUCCUCUCAGUGGUCUCGCUGCGCAGACGCUCCCGAUCCAGCGUGUGGCGGCACUGCUAUCGCUUCUGUCAAAUUUCCAACGUCUGCGACCGAUGAGGAAGUGAUCAUUCGAUUCGGUGGUUUCGCUGGGUACCAACUUCCUACCUCAACCCCACCACCCGUAGAUAUUUUCACACCGAGUACUAACUCCUGGACAACCACUGUGCCGUCUGCCGAUCCGCAACAGGGAUAUCCUGGAGCACGCUCCGUCCACGGUCUUGUUCCUCUUUCCACACCUGAUGGCACUGGAGUCGCAUUGCUAUACCACGGCGAGUAUGACGCCUCCAGCCUAGGUCAUGCAGGCGCUGGGAAAUUCCGAGAUGAUGUAUGGGCGCUGGUAUGGCGCGAGGGUGCGUUAGGGUGGAGGAAGUUGAUUUUGGAAGGUGGUUCAACUCCGGAGGGCCGUGGCUGGAUCCCUUCAACGUCUUAUACGGCUCCUGAAGUGGGGAAGUAUGGGUUGGGGAUGUGCAACUCUGAGUUUCAUGUUGUCCCAAAGGAGAUAUAAUUAAACUUGCGUUGUACGUGUACAGUGUACACGCUUUCGUGUUUCUUCUGCAAGCCUCAUUUCCUAUGCUCUUAUUACUGCUGUAAUU